AUGGCCUAUAAAAUGCUUCAAGUAGCCCUGUUUUCAACAUUGCUUAUAGGAGUGUUGGGAGCACCAUUUUUGUUGGAGGACCCAGCAAACCAGUUCCUACGUCUCAAAAGAAACGUACAUUUGCAGGAUUACUGGGACCCAGAUCACAGUCCUAAUGUGUGGGGAACCACACUGGCUGAACAGGCUCAUGAGACAUGGACUGCUUUGAAAACAACAGCACAGUAUUAUUUGGACAUGAACAUAUUCCCCUUUGACAUGACUACUGCCCAGUAA